AUGGCGCAAAUAUGGAAGCGACUCGUUGCAGACAAGCGGCGCAGACAACUAGAAUCCAUUCCCAAAGACUGGCUGAUACAGGUUCCAGAUGAACAUAUUGUGGACGUGACUGCCGUUCCCGAGCGUUGUGGACUGCUCUCAGAUAGAGAGCUACAGAUCACAAACACGGGAGAUGUCAACGAGAUUCUCGACAAGCUCGCCAAGGGCGAAUGGUCGGCUGUAGAAGUGACCAAUGCGUUCUGCAAACGGGCGAUAAUCGCUCAUCAGCUUGUAAACUGCCUCACUGAGAUUUUUGUAGAGAAAGCACUUGCUCGUGCAGCUGAACUGGACGAUUAUCUGAAGACGACGGGCAAGACAAUCGGACCACUCCAUGGCUUGCCCGUGUCCUUGAAGGACCAGUUCUCAAUCAAGGGUCUCGAGGCGACAAUGGGCUACGCAUCAUACGUCGGUCGAUUCGCUCAGCAAGACGCAGCUCUAGUCGAGAUCCUACACGAGUGUGGUGCUAUUCCUUACGUCAAGACCAACUUGCCUCAGACGUUACUGUGGGUCGAAACCCACAAUCUCUUAUUCGGCAGGACGGUGAAUCCUAUCAACCGCAAGUUGACCAGUGGAGGGUCCUCCGGGGGAGAAUGCGCUCUUAUAGCUCUGAGGGGGAGCCCACUCGGUGUCGGAACCGAUUUGGGAGGUUCUAUACGCAUCCCUUCCGCGUACAACGGCCUCUACGGCUUCAAGCCAUCCUCAUACCGCUUGCCCCACCAGGGUUGCGUGACGUCCUUGGAUGGCCUCGAUUCGAUGCUAUCCGCGGUCGGCCCGAUAUCCCACAGCCUCAGCGGCAUCAAGACGUUCUUGAAGGCCGUGAUUGGGCGUGAACCGUGGCUCAAGGAUCCCCAGGUCGUGCCAAAGAAAUGGGACGAGGACGAGUACGCUCUUAUUAGGCACGGCGGCGGCAAGCGGCUCUGCUUUGCGAUCAUGUGGAACGACGGGGUGGUCAGGCCGCAUACGCCAAUAGUCAGGGCGCUGAAGAUGGUGAAAGGGGCUCUGGCCGCUGCCGGGCAUGUAGGCAGAUACGUUGUAGUGGUUGACUGGCAGCCCUACAAACACGCCGAAUUCGGUGACAUCAUGAACGGUAUAUGGCGCGCGGGCUCUGGAGCAGAGCUCAAGGCGGCUACGGAAGCGACAGGCGAGCCCCUCCUCUCUUCUCUUGGCCUUGAAGAGCAGCCUCCCGGAAAGGCGUUCUUCGCUACCGGCGAGGGGAUCUCCGCGUACGAUCUCUGGCAGUUGCAGAAGGCGAAAACUCAGCUGCGCAAGGAGUACCUUGAUCACUGGCAGAACACGGUGAGCGUGACGGGUACCGGCAGGCCUGUCGAUGCGAUUAUAGGUCCUGCUUCCGCGAGCGCAGCGACGCCGCAUGGGAUGAAUCGAUACACGAAUUACACGAGGGUGUGGAACGCGCUUGACUACGUCGCAGCUGUGUUUCCUGUCACUAAAGUGGACCCAGUCGACCAAUCGUACUACGCAAAGCAUAUGUCUGGUAUGUCUGGUUUUUUGUGCAUCGAAUGCGCUGCUAAGACGUUCCUGUGUGCAGAUGACCCUGAUACCUUCCUGGGCGCACCGGUCGGCUUGCAGAUCGUCGGUCGCACGCUGGAGGAGGAGGCUGUGCUGAGGAUGAUGGAGAUAGUCGACGGAGUGUUGAAGAACGCUACAGGCUCAAGAUUAUGA